CUCUGUUCUUUUUGGCUCAGCAUCACAGAGCUUCCUGACACCAGAUGCCAUCACGUGUUUGAUCCUCACAGCCUCCAAGCAUCACCAUGGCAACAAAGUCAUCAAAGUAUCAGGACAUCAUCUCCAGAAGUAUCCUGAUCCGUUCAGGAUCUCCUUUUAUCUACCAGCUGAAACCAAAGAAAGAGGAGAUUGGAUCUCUGACUAGGAUGACUGUUGGAAAAAGAAACUUGAACAAGACCAAUAGAACCAUCUUACUGGUUGGAGAAACAGGAUCAGGAAAAUCUACUUUGAUCAACUCUCUGGUCAACUACACCAUGGGAGUGAAGUUUGAGGAUGAAGUCUGGUUUCAGAUCGUAGACGAGAAGGAAAGAAGUCAGUCGGAAAGUCAAACAUCAGAUGUGAUCGUGUACCAGAUCUUUGGUUUUGAAGAUAAAACUCUGCCCUACUCUCUGACCAUCAUCGACACCCCUGGAUGUGGAGACACCAGAGGAACUGAACAAGAUCUUAUCAUAAGUCAAAGAUUGUUGGACUUGUUUAGAUCAGAGGAUGGAGUUCAUGAAGUUAAUGCAGUGGGUCUGGUGAUGAAGGCCAGUGACAAUAGACUCAGUGAUCGACUGAUGUACAUAUUUGAUUCAGUGGAUUCUCUGUUUGGAAAAGACCUGGAGAAAAACACUGUAGCUCUCAUGACACACUCAGAUGGAAGUAAACCAAAAACUCUUCAAGCUUUAGAAGAUAUGGAUACUAAAUGUGCAAAAAAUGAGAGCAAUCAACCUGUUCACUUCCUGUUUGAUAACCAACAGAACCUACAGAGAACAGAGGGAACACAGUUUAGUUUAGAAAGUGCAUGGAAACUAACAGAGAAAGGAAUGGGUCACUUCACAGCCUUCCUACAAAAAACAACACCUCAUCAGCUGCGGGCAUUAGUUGGGUUGCAUGUACCUAUCAGACUGACAGCCUGCAUCCACAACCUUGAAGAGAGAAUCAAACUGACUGAACUGAAACAGAAUGAGAUCAAACAGAUUCAAGAAGAGAUGAAGAAAAAUAAAACGUUUCCAGUAGAAUUUGAUGAGCCCUACAAAGAUAAACAACCUAUUGAUGGUGGGAUGAGGUGGUUGGUGUUUUAUGGUCAAGCUGUCUGUUGUACUGUCUGUGAGGAGAACUGUCACUAUCCUGGAUGCACAAUGGUCUGGAAACCUGAACACUGUGAGGUCAUGAAUAGAGGUCACUGUACUUCAUGUACCAACAAAUGUCCUGUAUCAGCUCAUGUGAAAGAAAAGUGGAAAUAUGUGACCAAAACGAGAAGAGUUCAGAAAACUGAAGCUGAAAUGAAACAGAAGUAUGAGAAGAAUAAAUCAGAAAGUGAGAAGAGGUUGAGUCUUGUGGAAAAUCUUGAGAAAGAAAUGAACCAACUGACAUCAGAGAAGUCCCAGCUCCUGGAUGAGGCCUACCAACAUGUUGUCAGACUGAAGCAGAUCGCCCCGAAUGUUAAUUCAGUAUCCACUCUUGUCCACUUGGACAUCCCGAUUGAGAAGAUGGAGGAGAGAGAAAACAGAGAGAAGGUCCAGAAACUGGAGGAUGGAACAAAAGCAGCACUGCAUAACAGAAGCUCUAGAUUCCCCUCAAAAUAUGAUGACAUCAUCUCCAGAAGUUUUCAGAUCUCUUCAGGAUCUCCUUCUAUCUACCAGCUGAAACCAAAGAAAGAGGAGAUUGGAACUCUGACUAGGAUGACUGUUGGAGAAAGAAACAUGAACAAGACCAAUAGAACCAUCUUACUGGUUGGAGAAACAGGAUCAGGAAAAUCUACUCUGAUCAACUCUCUGGUCAACUACACCAUGGGAGUGAAGUUUGAGGAUGAAGUCUGGUUUCAGAUCGUAGAGGAGGAGAAAAGAAGUCAAUCAGAAAGUCAGACAUCAGAUGUGAUCGUGUACCAGAUCUUUGGUUUUGAAGAUAAAACUCUGCCCUACUCUCUGACCAUCAUCGAUACUCCUGGAUAUGGAGACACAGGAGGAAUUGGACGUGAUCUCAUCAUCAAUCAAAGAUUAUUUGACUUGUUUAGAUCAGAGGAUGGAGUUCAUGAAGUUAAUGCAGUGGGUCUGGUGAUGAAGGCCAGUGAGAAUCGACUGAAUGAUCGACUCAUGUACGUCUUAAAUUCAGUGACGUCUCUGUUUGGAAAAGAUCUGGAGAAGAAAAUUGUAGCUCUCAUGACACACUCACAUGGAAGAAAACCUAAAAAUGCUCUUCAAGCUCUUGAAGCUGCAAAUAUUAAAUGUGCCAAAAAUGAGAAGAAUCAACCUGUUUACUUCCUGUUUAACAACUGUCAGAGUGACGAAAGAACAGAGGAAGAAGAAGAAGAAUACCUGGAAGAUGCUGACAAAAUAUCAGUGAGAGGAAUGAGAGAGUUCACAGUUUUUCUGGAAAAAAAUGCUCCUCAGAAAAUGGAGAAAACUGUGGAUGUGCUAAAUGGACGUGUCAGACUGACAGCCUGCAUCCAAAACCUGGAAGAGAGAAUCAAACUGACUGAACUGAAACAGAAUGAGAUCAAACAGAUUCAAGAAGCUCUGAAGAAACAUAAAGAACAGAUGAAGUUGAACAAAAACUUCACUGUAGAAAUUGAUGAGGUCUACAAAGAAAAAGUACCUAUUGGUGGUGGGAUGUGGGGGUUGUUGUUUUAUGAAGGAGCUGUCUGUUGUUCUGUCUGUGAGGAGAACUGUCACUAUCCUGGAUGCACAAUGGUCUGGAAACCUCAUAAAUGUGAGGUCAUGAAGAGAGGUCACUGUACUGUUUGUACCAACAAGUGUCCUGCAUUAACCCAUUUGAAACAAAAGUGGAAAUAUGUGACCAAGACGAGGAAAGUUAAGAAAACUGAAGCUGAAAUAAAACAGAAGUUUGAGAAGAAUAAAUCAGAAAGUGAGAAUAAGUUGAGCCUUUUGGAAAAUCUUGAGAAAGAAAUGAACCAACUGACAUCAGAGAAGUCCCAGCUCCUGGAUGAGGCCUACCAACAUGUUGUCAACCUGGAGCAGAUUGCCCUGAAUGUUGAUUCAGUGUCCACUCAUGUCCACUUGGACUUCCUGAUUGAGAAGACGAAGGAAAGAGGAGACAGAGAGAAGGUCCAGAAACUGGAGGAGAUGAAAAACAGAGAGGAUGACGGAACCAGAGCAGCACUGAUAUACAUGAAGAAUAAACUGGAUCUGGAAAAUGAGUUAAAGCUUCAUUGAUGUAGAUGAUCAGCAUGAUUGUGAUCUUUUAGCUGAUCUGAUCUUUAAACAUUAAUCAGUUGUUUGGUUGUGAUUGUGUUCAGUGUAAUAUCCAGUUGAUAUUUCCAAUCAGAAACAUGGUGGAGGAAGUAUUCAGAUCAUUGACUUCAGUCAAACUGCCAACACCAACAUAUUAGUAGUGUUAUCAGUUGUCAGUAAAAUGUAGUUCAUGUAUCAGCAGUAAAAGUAUUCCAUGAGGAAAAUGUUGUAUCAGUGUGAUAUGAUUGUGUCUCCUAUUCCUGGCUUGUUGUUGUCAUUCUAAUCAGUUUGUACAGAGGAUGUUACUCACACUGAACUCAGACACAGUGGAGAAAUCCUCUGCUGAGCUGGAGCUCCAUCCAACUUUCACACUUGAGUGUUUUUGAAGAGAACAGUCCUGAAAUCUAAUGUUCUUUGAUUUGAUUCAUACCUUGGAUUCUUCAUGUGUUCAUGCUGGAAUGACUAGUUGGAAUAUUUCACAUGACUCAGACUAAAUAAUUUCAAUAAUUUUAUGUUGUAAACUGUGAAUGAGUUUUGAGUAGUUGACAUAAUCGGUGCUGCAGGUCUAAAGAGAACCUGGAAGAUUUUUCAUUCUAGAUGGAAGUGCACUUCAUAUCAUGUUAAUUAUACUGAUAAUACAUUUAAGGUCUAUUGUACCUUUCAGGUCUCCCAACGUCACCCUAAAGGUGUAAGACCAGGUAAAAACAACAAAGAGUGACAGGGAGAGUGGCAAGGCAAGAAGAGUGCAGGGUCCAGUGAGUCAGCCAAGUGAGUGUUGAGUUGUGAUUUGAAUGGCUUGUAUCAGUAAUUUAUAAUAGGUUUAAAUGCAUGUGACCUUUUGUGAUCAAAGCACAGAGCAAAUCCCACCUCCCACAACAAUGAAAAAAGAGACUAGUUGCUUAAAUGUGUUUUUGCCUUAAUGUGUUCUCAUCAUUCAAAAUUGACACAUGGUAUAGACCACGUGUCAGAAGAGGAACGCUGUCAGAUCCAUAGGUACUGCUUUACCACAGAGUUCACUUGUUGUAAAUACAUAUCUUAAUCUAAAUGGAAUGACUAGCUGGAUUACUUCAGAUGACUCAAUGGAAACAUUUGGAUAAUUUUAUGUUGCUCUGACUUUUUAAAUUUAUUAUAUUCUUUUAUUCUCUUUCAACCAUCUCCUAGAUGAAACAGGUUUCUGUGAAUCAUGAAUAAAAUCUCUACUUCAUGAAAUCAGUUUAC